AUGGAGUAUUUCGUUGGCAUCGACGUCGGCUCGUAUUCAGCACGCGCUGGCAUGUUCACCAGCACAGGCGAACUGGUUGCGAUGUGUAAGCGCAGUAUCCAGAUGCACCAACCACUAGCAGAGCACUACGAGCAGAGCAGCGAGGACAUCUGGCAAGCUAUCUGCUUCUGCGUGCAAGAGGCGCUUAAACAAGCAAAGGUUAAGAUCCCGGGAUUCUCGCAUGACCAGGUGAAAGGGCAUUGGCAUGGACGCAACAUGCUCGCUGGUAGCGCUAGGAUACUGCAACCGACGAGCCCUGUAAGCCUGAGCACGACUGGCGACCAGAGGUGGAACAUUAUCGUGUGGUGCGACCAUCGCGCUAAGCAUGAAGCUGAGCUCAUCAACGCAUCGGGCCGCAAUGUGCUGAAAUACGUCGGCGGCAAAGUGUCGGUCGAGAUGGAGCUGCCCAAGAUCGCCUGGGUCAAGUCGCACUUUGCCAAGGCAGGACGGGAUGAGGACUGGGCACGCGCUGAGUUCUUUGACUUGCCAGACUACCUGUCGUUCCGGGCAACUGGGUGCAAGGCAAGAUCGAACUGCUCGCUGGCGUGCAAGUGGUUAUUUACACCUGCACAGCCGGACGCUGCUCAGGACGGCGUGGGAUGGGAUGAGAGGGUGUUUGCAGCGGCGGGGCUGGGACGAUAUUGUCCAGCGACAGGUUUGGCAAAGAUCGGCGGCUGCUUGUCCGACAGUACUCUGACUGUGCUCAAGGCAGGGCUGGCGCCUGGAACGCCAGUUGGUGCUUCAGUCAUCGAUGCAUAUGCCGGAUGGUUUGGCACCAUCGCCAGCGGAUCUUCUGACGACAAGUUGGACCGCAGCAACCAGGAGCUGGCAGGCCAGCGGCUGGCCAUCAUUGCAGGCACAUCGGCCUGCCAUCUGCUAGCAAGCCGCAAGCCAGUGCUGGUGCCGGGUGUUUGGGGUCCCUACUACAGUGUCGGGCUGUCGGGCUGGUACAUGCUGGAAGGCGGGCAGAGCGCCGUUGGCAGCUUAAUCGACUAUGUGGUGCGUUCGCACUCAGCAUACGGUCCAUUGGCAAGGCAGAGUGAAGAGACCGGCAAAUCUGUGUAUGAGAUUCUCGACAGCAUGCUGACCGGCCUUGCUGUAGCCUGCACGCCAUCGAACGGAGUCCCAGAAUCGCACCUAGUAAAGCUAGUCAAAUCGCUGCACUUUUUGCCUGACCACCACGGCAACCGUGCUCCUCUAGCCGACCCGUCCAUGCGUGGCUCGAUUGUCGGCGAGACGCUGACACACCCAGAUAGCAUCGAGGCGCUGGCUGCGAGGUACCUGGCGUGCAUCUGUGGACUGGCGUAUGGCACGCGCGCGAUCCUCGACUCGGCGGUUGCUGCUGGUGGCCAGCGGGUCACUGAACUGCUUAUUUCGGGCGGACUGUCGCAGGGAGCCGUGUUCACGCAGAUCCUUGCCGAUGUCACCUGGCGCCCAGGUGGUGGUUCCGCGCCAAGCCAAAGUCGUCGGACCAUUCGCAGGAUCCUGUGGAAUGCUAUGGCGGCAAUGACUGGCGACGGCUCCGUGAUCCGGCCCACCACAGAUGCGGGUGUCCUGGACAUCCAUGAGCGCAAGUAUCGCGUCAUGCUCGAAAUGCAGCAGGACCAGCUCAAGUACCGGCGGAUGAUGCAGGCCGAGUAG